AUGUUCUCUAAAGUGGUUGAUGCCAUUGAAGCAGGUGUGGAUGCCAGAAGCACAUCAAAUUAUACCAGCAGAUGGGAUCCAUCCAAUGCUUUCUUCUUCUGUGGUACUAUCAUAACCACUAUCGGCUUUGGAAACAUCUCGCCCAAAACAAAAGGUGGUCAGUUGUUCUGUAUAUUUUAUGCUCUGGUGGGGAUCCCCAUGUUUGGGAUACUGUUAGCAGGGGUUGGAGACCACCUGGGCACCCUUCUGAGGAGAGCGGUGGCAAAGAUAGAGACUCUGUUCUUGCGUAAGGGUGUGAAGCCCACCAGUGUCCGUGUCAUCUCCGCUGUCUUCUCCAUCCUGAUUGGCUGCUUAGUCUUCAUCGCCGUGCCGACCAUGGUGUUUCAGGAAGUGGAGAGCUGGAGCCUGUUGGAAGCGGUGUACUUUGUCGUGAUCACCCUGACCACGGUGGGCUUUGGGGACUAUGUGGCAGAGAACAGGAGAGAUGGAACGCCCCUGUACAAGCCAUUGGUGUGGUUGUGGAUUGUGUUUGGCCUGGCGUAUUUUGCAUCCAUCCUCACAAUGAUUGGAAACUGGCUUAGAGUGCUGUCAAAGAAGACACGUGCAGAGAUGGAGGAGUUGAGAGCUCAUGCAACAGACUGGACUCAGAACAUCCAGAACAUGUCCAUGGACUUCCGUAUUCCUGUGCCACUGGAUCUCAAUGACCCCUUUCAGCUCCAGCGGCGACGUAGACGGAAGCGUCACCGCCAUCAUCGCCACCCAAGUCUGAGCGCGGCGGGAUUUGCUCAUGGGAUCUCCCUUGAUGCCGAUGUUGUCCGAGAGAAUGGACACCUGAUUCUCGGAUGGCCUGCAUGCAAGUACACCCCAGGGUCUGAUAUCAGGUCUGAAGCGCUGUCCCGAUCCAGGUCGUGGUGUAGGUUAGAUGGGGCGUAUGAGGUGAGACCAGCAUCAAGAUCUGUCUCAAGGUUAGAGCUGAAACCACCAUCAAGACCCGGGUCCAGAGCCAUUUCCAGGUCCCCUUCAGAAUCUGGAACAGGAUCAGUCUCUGGAUCCGAGACCCCGUCGGAAUCCUGGUCUGAAUAUGAAUAUGAUUCAAAUUCCCGUAACUCAGAAGACCUGGAAUCUGGAGCUGAAGGGACUCUCAGAUCACUGGGAAGUCAGAAGGAUGUUCCUGUCGUCGUGGUUGAUAGCUGCAGUCCACCUCAUCCCUCCCUUCUGGACUUCUUUGGCGAGAACCUGGCGUACAUUGAUGAGUCCUCAGACACUCUUAGUGAUCGGAUCAAACCGGCUGGACAGAACCGCCAACGCAAAGCCAAGAGGAGGAGCAUGACGAGACAAUAUCCUAUCGGACUGCAGAGGGAGAUCAGUAGUGAACUACAACCUCCAUCACACCCUCCAACACCUCCACCUCCAACCUGACAAUUAAGCAUUUGACCAAGGGCUGUUAGCGUUCAGCAUCUCAGUUUGAAGAUGCCAAACAUGACUGAUGUAGACCAUCACAAAUAUGCAUGUAAAUAUAGCUUAAAUGAAAAACAAUUUAUUGCCUCCCAGGCAAACAUAAAGUGGCUUUGUUCAGAAUAGC